AUGACCUCGCAAUCUAUUCGAGAUUAUCUCACUAAGGAGAUCCUCAUCGAGAACAACAUUGCCAGUACAGUCACCUUCCGUUCCCUUAGUCGUGCCUUCUCGUUGCAUGUAAAUCUAGCGAAAAAGCUCCACGCGACCUACCUUCUGAGCGGCGAGACGCAGAAACCGCCUCCGAGCCGCCUCAGCAAACAGGCCGCGCGCAAUCAGUCGGAUGAUGUGGACAUGGAGGAUGACGAUAUGACUAUCUAUGCGCCAGUGCAUGAUGAGAAGGAGGAGGAGGAGGAAGAGGAGGAAUACAUUCCGCAGAUCGAGAUGAUGCUGGUCAAUGAGAAGGACCUCGAAGGCGCGUUUGCACGAGCCAAAUUCGAAUCCUUGGACAGUAUUCACGUUUAUAGUCUUUCCUCGGCCGUCAUAAAGGAUGCUGGUCUACUCUGUACACCCACCGACUUUGUUGUGCGGAAACUCGACGACCAGAAAGGCGACGAAUUGGCCAAGGUGGUAGGGCGGAUAAGCUGCGCUGCCGUGCAGGUAUCUAACAAACCCAUCCAACACUGGGGCAACAGGAAUGCACCGACCGCUGCUCCUGCUGUUCCUGCCGCAGGACCAUCAAAACCAGCAGACACCACAGCCAAAAAGCAAGCCGAGGACAAAUUGAAGGGGAAGGAGAAACCGAAAGCCACGGGCAAGCUCGAUUUCAGUAAAGCUAAGACCAAGCCGCCGCCGGAGAAGAAGGAAGAGAAAUUCAAGGCCGAACCUAAAUCCAAGGCGAAAGAGGCCGUGUCGCGCCAACCAUCAAUGGCCAAGACGACGUCAGGGAAAGUCCAAGAGAAGAUGGACGAGAGUAAGAAACGUGGUCUCAAGCGCAAAUCAGCCCUGGCUUCUGAGUCAGAGGAAGAAGAGGAGGUAGAACCUCCAGCAAAACCACCCCCCAAAGCAGUCGUCGAAUCAGCCUCAUCGUCCGUUCGAGCUCGUAAAGGAGUUAUCUUGUCGGACGACGAAGACGAUGCCGCGGCACCCAAAUCUAGGCCGAUACGCAAGGGCAAAGCGAAAGCUGUCGUACCAGAUUCAGAUUCUGAAGUCGAAGAGCAGAAGAAACAUCUACGUGCGAUGAUGGAUAUCGACGAUGAUGAUGUCUCGCGAAGCUCUUUCUCGAAACCGCCCUCGCCCGUACCAACAGACGAGGGGUCGGAUGUGGAUAUGGAGGAACCGGAAGAAAAACCAAAGCGCGCACCCGUGAAACGCAAGCCUAAGAAAGUCGUUCCUAUCGGGAGCAACGGCCUGAAGAAGAAACGCGUCGUCAAGUCGAAAGCGACGAUAGAUGAGAAAGGGUAUAUGGUCACGCAAGACUACUCGGAGUACGAGACUGCAGAUGAAGAGGGACCGGAAGAGGUAAAGAAGGAAACCAAACCCAAACCUAAAGCUAAGGCCAAGGUCGACAAGGCGAAAGCGGAGCAGGAGAAAGCUCCGGCCAAGAAGACCGAAAGCAAACCCCCCGCAGCCGCGAAACCAAAGCUGAAGCCUUCAGGACCUUCCAAACAGGGAAAUCUGUCGGCGUUUUUCGCAAAGAAGUAGAUCGUGUCCCCGCCUACAUGUUCGCACGACCGAAUCGCAUGGUGCCUUACCCUGUCUAUGUAAGGAUACAUGGGCAGUAGAUACUUAGCACUGCAGUCGAUGUGUAUCCCCUUGAUAGCCAGAUAAAAGACCGCGCAAUGGCUGAGCUUGCUCCAGUCUCAUUCCCAAAGAUGCGUCUGUCAGCCUCCUCGUUGCUUGCCGCCGUGCUGUUUGUCGGAGGGCCAACGGUGCUUGCGCAACAUGCCCGCGCUCCUAGCGUCGCACAAUCGGCUGGACUGGUGAGCUCUACGACACUUCUUAAAUAACAGCCAUGAUAAUUACAAUAUCGCACAUA